AUGGGCCACCGCUACAGUAAUUUCGAUGAUGAAGGUACCCAGGCAACACCAAAGAUCGACUACAAACAACCCCUGAUAUCACCCUUUGAUUAUCAUAGCAUCCAGGUCACGAUCGGUCAAAACGUCUAUGGGGUGCCCAGAUAUUACCUAAAACAGUGCUCCGGACUAGGAUUAGAUUCCACUCUGGAUAAUCCCAUUUCCCUCAGAGAUGUUGACGAGGACGUCGGCCACACGCUGGUCAAUUUCUUAUGUACGGGCACCUACGAGACGUUGAAAUCGGCUCCCGAGUCUGAUGAACCCGACCUGGUGAGGGAAUAUCGGCGAAGUGUCCUGGCUUAUCACACGGCCAGAAUAUACGAUCUGCCGGGGCUCGCAGACCUCGCCAGAGGAUAUGUUGAGAAGUUCACCGGAUCAAUGCCUCUAUCCACUGUCCUAGCAACGACAAGAAAAGUGUUUUCAAAGCUUCCUGGAGAUGAGGUCUGGCUUCCCGAAUAUAUCAAGGAACUCUUCCAAGCAUCGUUCGCACACGAUGAUACCAUUUUCAAGAGUGAUUGGUUCUUUGCUGGAUUUGGCAAUGAUCGGGUUUUUGACGAAGCCAUGAUGAGAAUGGUCGUGGACAUCUAUUCAACCCGAGUAUCGUCCCUCACCGAUAUGCUCACAAGUCAGAAAUCUGGCACGCAAGAGACCGCAGAUCACGAGCUUGAACCUGUACCUGAAGCUCUACCUACAGUCCAAUCUGAGCGCAGUAUCUCGCCCAUCCCAGCAUCUCCCAUAGAGGAACUCACUGCUGCCCCGAAUGACGAGGCCGAGAAAGAGCCUGUCGCAAGGUCUCUCGCCCAAAUGUCACCUGCUGAGGAACCUGAGGCCACCCCUGUGGAGGAGGAUGUCGUCUAUGCCUGUGUGGAGCCGGAACGAUCUUCUCCUGAGGAGCCUACCCCACGGCCUGCUGAAGAGUCUGAUGCCAAAUCAAAACCUUCUGAUCUCUCUUCUGCACCAGGCCCAGAAUCUCCGCUCACAGAUAUUUCCUUUGAGAAGACUCCCAGUCAAUCUCCGCCCCCGCCAGAUACUCCGGAUGAGCCUAUCCUACCGAGAAAGAAGCUCUUCAAGGGGAAGAAAAGUAAAAAGAAAAAGAGAGUGUCAUCAAAGGCACUGGAAGGGAGCCAAACUAUUACUUCACCACCUCCCGCUCCUGAGAUAGCGUUCCCUGGGCUAGAGGCCAAGCCGGUAGAGGGCUUAUGUUAUUGA